CCUUCUAUUGCUGGAAUCAUGGUAUGCUUCUUGUGUCAAAAAACCUAUCUUAACAUCUUCAUAAGGAAUUUUCAUGUAUUUUAUUAUCUGAUUGCCGGUGCUUCAAAUGAUGAAAAGUCUCAUCUACAUCUAACGACAACUGAUGCCUCACAAUAUCGUUAUCUCAAUCUAUCAAAAUCAACUUCAAAAGUCUACAAUAACAUUAAUGCUGAUGAAGCAAAUAAAUUCAAUGAAUUAAAACAAUCAUUAAAAUCUUUAGGUUUUCAUAAAAAACAUGUUGCUCAAAUGUUCCAACUACUGGCUGCUAUAUUGCAUCUUGGAAAUAUUCAAUUUUCCCAAGAUCCUAAUAAACAACAAGAUGCUGCCUUUGUUAAAAAUAUGGACGUUUUGGAUUUGGUUGCUGACUUUCUAGGUGUAGAGCCUCGUGCUUUAGAAUCUGCUCUUACUUAUAAAACAAAAUUAAUCAAAAAAGAAAUAUGCACAAUUUUUCUGGAUAUUGAAGCUGCAUCCGUACAAAGAGAUGAAUUGGCAAAAGCUCUUUAUUCCUUACUGUUUAGUUGGAUAGUCGAAUACAUCAACACUAAAAUUUGUCGUGAAGAUUUUGCCAGCUUCAUCGGUAUUGUCGAUCUAAUUGGUUUUCAAAAUGCAUCAACCAAUUCCUUGGAUCAAUUCUGUGUUAAUUUUGCAAAUGAAAAAAUUUAUAAUUUCACUUUACAACAAAUUUUUGAAGUGAAUAAUGCCGAAUAUGUAGAUCAAGGAAUUGGUGAUGUUGUUAUAUCUGAGAUCAAUCAAUGCUGGAUGCUUUCAACAAAAAAAUAUUCUAAACAUAACUCCUACACCGCCACUGCAAAAAGUUUAAACGCUCUACCGAGAUUUGGCAUACAACAUUACACAUCGCAAGUCACAUAUGAUAUUACCGGUUUUAUGGAAAAAAAUCUUGAUAAUCUAAGUGGUGAUUUUGUUUCUUUGUUCCGUGGCAAUGGUGAAGCACCUCCUUCCUACAAUAGUUUCAUUGUCGGUCUUUUUACUGAUAAAUCUGUUGCAACAGAGUCACAUCCACAAAAUGAUAACACCAUAGUUGCUGCUCAACAAUCUGUCAAACCUAUGAGAUCCCCUUCAAUGCGUCGUAAAAAAAGCAAAAAAGGUUCACCAAUCACAAAUGAAAAUACCACAGUUGAUGAUGUCGAUGACACAUCAAAAAAAACUGUAAACUGUGUUACAGCCCAAGUUCAAUCAGCUUUGGAUGAACUAUGUGAAACUUUAUAUGAAACAACUCCUUUAUUCAUAUUUUGCAUUCGUCCAAAUGACACACAGCUUCCAAACCAGAUUGACUCAAAAGUUCUACUAUCACAAGUAAAAUCUCUUGGUUUAUCAGAAAUAACAAAUCGAUUAAAAAUUAAUUACACCAUUAGUUUAACACACGAAGAAUUUUUGGAAAGAUAUCAGCCUAUAUUGGAUUCAAUGAAUAUAAACCAGUCCCGUGAUCCAAAAGCUAAAGUUGAAGCAUCAUGUACUAUUUUUGGUUGGGAUCACAUUGAUAUGAUUGUUGGGAAUCAAAAAACUUAUUUGAGUGAGAAUGCUUGGCGUAAUUUAGAGGAUAAUUUGAGAAAUGAAUCAUCACGAAUUUCAAAACAAGAUUUUAGUGAAAUUGGUCAUCAUUCCUUACCACAAAAAAGUCCUGAUGAACAAUCUUACUAUUCAAAUGAUGAUCGAUCAUACAUAUCAGAAGAUGAGAGUUAUCAAGAAGAAACCUUCAGCCAGUACAAUGAGACUGCCUCUGUUUAUGAAGAAGUCAAAUCAAAAACAUCGUCAUGUAUGACUGCGACAUUUCUACUUUUUGAGAAUGCUAGGUCACUGAUUGCGGAGGGUGAAAGACCUUUUUGA